AUGACAUGCCAGGCGCUGUGUGGGGACCCUUGCGUUCCUUUGUGCGGCCACCCUCAGCCCAGUGGUGGCCGGCGCGGUGUCGCGCACCGGGUGUGGGGGCGCGCUGUGCACUCGCGUGCGGCGCUGCUCGCUCUCGUGCUGCUCGUCUCCCUUACGUGGCCCUCCACUGCCCAGCCGGCACCGGGGAUUAAUGUCACGGUUCUGGAGCUUCUAUAUUCGGCGAAUGCUGAUCUAGAACGUGAGGUUGCGGCAUACAGACACGGAUUCCUUGCCUCGCUGUGGUCUCACAGCUAUACAACUGGCACUGUGAAAGUGAAUGUUGUUCAUGAGGAUGUCAGUGAGUCGAAUGUUUCUCUGACUAUUGACCAGGCGGUGAGAAACUAUGCGGAUCUUAUUGCUGUGGUCGGUCCGGCAUCUGCACCUCUUGUAUCAGCUGCUCUUCCAGCUCUGGGGGCACACAAUUUGGUUGCCUUUGCCCCACUUACCGAUUCACUUACUGUUCGAUUCUGGGACAGACACAUGUAUUUCCUCAUGGGUGAUUCGUAUAGCGCCGUGUACUCCCUUCUCCGGUACGCCGUCACAUUCCUGCGCGUGAUGCGUGUGGGCUUUAUGUACGUGACGGGCGUGUCCUAUGGGGACCUUGCGUACGCACUUGCAAGUCGACUGAUGGCUGGAAUGGGUCGCAGACUCAGUGGCGUUUUUCGGCUGGAUGGCACGAGAGAGUUGUCAUCGAGUGAUGCUGAAUUCAAGGCGGAGUGGGAGCAGUUCGCGAAUACCCGCCCACAAGCAGUCUUCAUCUUUGGGAGGUGGGGGGUGACGACUGAGUCCUUUGUCAGGGCGAUGCUCACGGACCACCGAACAAGCACUGCCUACUUGCUGGGGCCGUUUGUAUUGCAAGACUUUAUAGUGGGUGUGUGGCGGGGUGCUGUGGCCGCUGGAAGCUCCAUGGUGCCUGGCCAAGUGGUCACUUCAGGAUCGAAUCCAAUUGCAACUAACACCGAGUACACUUGUAUCAGGCGUUUCCAGACCGACAUGUCGAAGUAUCUGUCUGACAGUGGACAACAGACAUACAACGAUACUGAGCAGCAUCUUAAUGACGACCGGGAUGGCGAGACGAUGGUUGCUGGAUGGCUGGCUGGCGAGGUGCUUCUGCAGACGCUUGCCUUCUAUGACUCCACCCACGAUCGAGACUGGUAUGUCAGAUCGCUAUUUGCCCAGCGCCGCUAUCUAAUUGAUGACUUUGUUAUCGGUGACUUUGGCGACAGUGUGGACCGAAAGGCUGCGGCGCAGGGGGCAGCCUUUCAAUGCAAUCAGGGUGGCAACCUUGUGUUUGUGAAGAAGUUUGUGGAGAAUUUCAGGGCUGUCAAUGUACCUGAGGGACAAUACGCUGCACCGCUUACCGAAUGCUACAAAAAGUAUGAGCUGUACGAUCCUGCCCUUGCGGUCACACUCAAUCGGUCUGACGGCAAUGCUGGAACGUAUGCGCUAGAGGUCAUGUUAAGGGGCAUGAUGGGGGCUAUUGACCCCAACGCAAAGCACCCAUACUCUGUGAAAAUACUGCAAACGACAAAUGCGGAUGCAAGGAAUGCUCUGAGCCUGGAGCAGCAGACAUACUCCACCGACAUCGUUCUGGGCGUUGUUUUUGAUGGUAUGCUGUCGCUGCCCAACCUCUUGUUCUUGGACCCGAUUCUCGCCACGUCGCAGCUGAACACAUUUCGAAGAGAGGUCAUUCUGCUCGCACCGACCACAGAACAGCAAGUGUUCGUGAUGGCGCAGUAUAUUUCGACUACGGCCGACCCCUCAGCGCAUGCUGUUAUCCGCGGAAGCGUUGCCGUGGACACCAUGGAAGUUGUGCGGCGCUCCUUCCUGACAUUCGGCGUCACUCUGGGCACCGCAUUAACUCUCGGCGAGAAUGAACCUCUUGAAAAAUAUCUGCCAACCAGCGGCCUCACCAUUGCCAUCGAUCUUGAGGUGCCGGACAUCGAAGUCAUGGCGAAUCAUCUGGAGAGAAACAAGGGUGCCCGCUUGGCCAUGCACUUUUCGCCCUUUGCUGUGUUCUACCCACACCUUCAGCGGCACUUUGCUGGGAGGGAGAUCGCGGACCGGCUGCUCAUCACUACAAGUUUGCCGCAUUGGGGCGACCCGCAGACGUCGUCGACGGUUGUGUCGCAGUUCCACGAGGCGUUUCCCAACAGCUCGCAGUGGGAGCCACUGACGCUGAGCAACUUCGCUGCGUCAAAGGCUGUUCAGGCUGCUGCUCAGCAGUUGGACGUGGUCAACGCCACCGCCCUCGCGGACUACUUCUACUCUAGGGUUGUUCUGACGGUGAAUGACAUGGUGUACGGCCCCUUCGCGGACGCCAACAGCAUCACGUGCAGCGGCAGCGGAGGCUCCGACACUUCCGGAUGCGCGAAGAACUACGGAGCGACGUCCAUCGGUGUGUGGUCAUUGAGCCGUGCGUUUAAUUACUCCGUGCCGCCGCUCUCGCAUGGCAUCACGCCCUCUAUGAUAUAUGCUGAACCGCUCAACACUGGUCUAUCGAAGGCGCAGAUCUCCGGCAUCAUUGUGGGCUCUCUUUUCGCGCUUGUGAUCGUUGUCUCCACACUCGUGGUGCUGUUCUGCUGCUGCCGCGACAGUCGUGACAACAACAACGCCCCGAAGGAGCCCACAGACCCCGUGACGCUUGUGUUCACUGACAUCGAGAGCAGCACUGCGC